GGGACUUUAUUUGUAUGCAUGUUUUCACAGUACUUUUACAGAUAGGAUGGGUCUCUGUGCAGUGAACACGAUCUGACGCAAACAAAAAAUUCAAUUCUGAAAUUCACUGAUAAGCAAAUAUAAAAAUGGAAUACGGAAGAACCAAACCACAACAUAACUCGUAUCUGAAUCAUGGUUACGUCGAAGACCAGGACGCCGGAAGUGACGUAUUAGCUCACAGUAUCUCGGAUCAGAGUGAUGAAGAGAUGGAGGAUACAAAUCAGACAUUCCAGACAGAAACUGAACAAAUGAGACAGAGGCAGGAAACAUCAAGGAAAAAAUCCGUGAAACAAAAAGAAGGAUGGGAUGUGUUCGAGGCACGUUCCAAAGAUGUGAACAGCCAAUCAAACAUAGACUUCUGGAAUGUCGUUUUCAAAAUCACGCGAACUAUCGUUGUGACGGUAUUUGCUCUUAUUGUAUGUUUGACAGCUGUGAUGUCCAAAUUAACGCUUAUAUACAUGUUAUCUAAGAUAAAUGUGCCAAUAAAUCAGGACGAAACAUCUCUAAAAACUUUCAACGGAAGUGUGAUCUAUCCUACCGGAAGUGCCAGUAAAACGGAAGUAACGUGGAUAUGGGCUUUGCUUGUUUGCAUGCUAGCGCCUUACGUGUUUACAUUGAUCAAAAGUAUGAACAGGUUACUUUUCAAGAAGACUAAUUCGAUCAAACCAGUUGCUUUGGUUGUAGCUCUCCUAGUUGAAACCAUGCAUACCAUUGGAUUGUAUAUCUUAAUGUUCGUAGUCUUGCCAAAUCUAGAUCCGGUUAUAUCCGCUAUUGUUAUUCUAAAUGUCGGUACGAUUCCGGGACUCUUGAAAAUUAUCUAUCCAUCCAGAAACCGAUUACCUAGCCAUGAAAGGGAACCAGAAGAU